AUGUCAAGUCCAGCAGACCCUUCUUCAAGCUCAGCCACGGUAGACACCAACCCGCCAACAGAGACUUUCGAGGAAAUGAAGAAGCAAAUGCUUCAACAUAGAGCCGAGGAGCACUACAUCAUGAAACGCCACGGUCAGACCAUCGACGCCGAGAUGAUGAGUCGCAGAUCCAAGGACAAUUUUGGCUUACCUGCAUGGAAGGCACAUCGCGACGAGGUCAAGGCCUGCAUCCGGAACUUGGAGAAUGGCGGCGAACACAAUGGCGAUGAAAUCCACGCCAGAGUUCUCGAAAUCCUCCGAGCGUACGUUCGAGACCCUGGACCAUGGGACAUGUACCUCGACUGCCUGAAGAAACGAGGAGACGAAGCCAAUCGACGCUGCUUCAAACUGAGCCACGCAAACAUCGAAAACGCCGUUCUCUGUCGUCGCAAGGCCGAGGUGGAUCAUCGAAAAGCCAUCACUAAUCAUGAUUUGUUUGUAAGGACUGUUGAUGGUGUCUCAGACAAAACCAAGACGGGCACUUGCGCGAUGGCACGAUUUUUCGGUGGCAAGCCUCACGAGGGUGGUGAUCGAGCGAAGCGUGCUCGGGGUAAUCGCUUCUCCAGAUCGUGUGAGUCAACGCAAGAAGUGCAUAUGUACGAGUUGAUCAGCAAAUUCAGUCAACGCUGA